AUGAGCGCCAAAACAGAGCUUCCGAGCUGGACACAGCAUCCUGAGGAGCACAAAAGUUGGAUUUGCCCUACUUCAUUGCGCGUCUUUUCCUUGACGACAGACGCAGAGGAGCACCGUGCGCCAGAGUUGCCGAGCCGCCUAUCCGCCACGGAGAUCCACGAGACCGGCCGCACGGAGGCGGGAGAGACACCCUCCCAUUGCGGCCCGCACAGACACCGGAGGGUGGCGGCCAACGCCCGGGAGAGGAGAAGGAUGCACGGCCUCAACAAAGCUUUCGACGAAUUGAGGAGCGUCAUUCCGUCACUGGAGAAUGAAAAGAAACUGUCCAAAUACGACACGCUUCAAAUGGCGCAGAUUUACAUCACCGAGCUCUCGGAGCUCCUGGCCGGCGUGGUCCAACACCACCCGGCCUCUGCGGACAAAAGCUCCUGUCGGAGGAACAUGAUCCACACUCUCAUCCCGGAACAGAACCCACGGACAGAGCGCAGGGAGUCUUCCCAUCUCCUCAUACUCGGGCCUAAAAGCGAGCUCCAUAAAAGUACCUCCUGCCAGUGCAGUGAUGGAGAAUCUUCUCAUCUAAGUGACGUUGAAGAAAGUCAAAGUGGGAGACCUUAA